AUGUCCAUCGAGAGCGACAUGCGCGCCCGCGACGCGGCGUACGAAUCGCAGUACUUCCACGAACAAGACGUUCGAGCGAUCAAAGCGCUCUCGCGAAAGGUUCGCGACGCGCACGCGCGGCAGGAGGGCUACUGCGCCGACUCGGAGGAAAUCGCCGAGCUCCGCAAACGCGUGCCCGAGACGACGACGUUCAGCGACGACGCGAUCGAGCGACUGAUGACGUGGAAACACGACGUCCUCGGGAACUCCGCGAGAGGCGGAACCGUGGGCGCGUGA